UGCCCACCAUCCCCUGGGUCUGGGAGGCAGGAAGGGAGGUGCUGGGCACCCACAGAGCUGCCGCCCGCCACCUGCGCCCCGCGCUGCGUCCUGGGUGCCUCCUGGGCGCGCACAGGCCUCGGCCCAUCGCCAUGCCCCCCACCGCGCCCUGGAGCCCCAGCCCGGCGCCCUGGGAGGACUCGGGGUCCGGGUCCGGGUCCGGGUGGGGCGCCCUGGACGAGGAGCUCGCUCUGUGCGCGGCCGGGGAGCUGCCCCACGCGCGCGUCCUGGUGCCCACGCUCUACCUGGCGGCCUGCGCGCUGGGCCUGCCGGGCAACGCGCUGGUGCUGCGGCUGCUGGCGGGGCGGCGGCGGGGCCCGCGGGCGAGGCUGGCGGACACCUUCACCUGGCACCUGGCGGCCGCUGACCUGGGCCUGCUGCUCACGCUGCCGCUCUGGGCUGCGGCGGCGGCGGCGGGCGGCCACUGGCCCUUCGGCCGCGCGCUCUGCAAGCUGAGCAGCUUCGCGGUGGCCGCGUCGCGCUGCGCGGGGGCCCUGCUGCUGGCCGGCCUGGCGGCGGACCGCUACGUGGCCGUGGUGCGCCCGGUGGGGGCGCGGCCGCUGCGCUCCCCGCGGUGCGCGCGCUCCCUGUGCCUGGCGGCCUGGGCCGCGGCGCUGCUGGCCGGGCUGCCCGCCCUGGCGGCCCGGGACCUACAGCCGCGGCCGGGCGGCGGCAGCCAGUGCGGGGAGCGGCCGGCGGACGCGUGGCAGGCGAUCGGGCUGGGACUGCUGCUGCUGACCUGCGCGCUGCCCCUGGCCGCCUCGCUGCUCUGCUACUGCCGCCUCGGGUGCCGCCUGCGCCGCCGCCGCACCCCCGCCGGGCCGCUGCGCAUGGUGUGCGCCGUGGAGGGCGCCUUCGUGGGCGCCUGGCUGCCCUUCGCCGCCCUGCGCGCCGCCCUGCACCUGGCGCGGCUGCGGGCGCUGCCCGUGCCCUGCGCGCUGCUGCGGGCGCUGCGCGGGGGCCUGGCUCUGGCCACCUGCCUCGCCUUCGCCCACGGCUGCGCCAACCCGCUCAUCUACCUGCUGCUGGACCGCUCCUUUCGCGCGCGGGCCUGGCGCCUGGCCCGGCGCCGGCUCAGCUCCGCGUCCUCCCGCUCCGGGGGGGACCCCAGCGCCGAGGGCCGGGGCGCGGCCGGCAGCGGAGGGCGAGCGCGGGCGGAGAGCCAGAACCUGGCCCGCGCGUAGCGGCCCCGGCCCAACGGAUGGAUGGAUGGAGGGCCCGGGGGCGGCCGGGUUCCAAGCGCGUCUCCUCCGCAGGCACAGGGCCUCCCUCCGCCGGCACCGGGGGGCGCGUCUCCUCCAUCGUCGUCGUCGUCUGCUUCUCCUAACCUCAGCGCUUCCUGC